GGGGGGAGGACAGGAGGGGAGGAGGAGGGAGGGGGGACCCCCGAGUCGCCCCCUCUCCUCCCCCCGCCCCCCAACUCCAUCCUCCGCCGCCGCCCGAGCAGCUGCGGGGCCGGGGCCGCCGCCGCCGCCGCCUUUGCAGGCUGAGUCAUCACUGGAGAGUGGGAAGGGCAGCAGCAGCAGCAGACUCCAGACCCUGAAGCUGCUAUCACAGAGUACCAUUUCUUCGAGGUGGGGGCUCAGAGGGAGCCAUCAUGAGCGAUGUUACCAUUGUGAAAGAAGGUUGGGUUCAGAAGAGGGGAGAAUAUAUAAAAAACUGGAGGCCACGAUACUUCCUUUUGAAGACAGAUGGCUCAUUCAUAGGAUAUAAAGAGAAACCUCAAGAUGUGGAUUUACCUUACCCCCUCAACAACUUUUCAGUGGCAAAGUGCCAGUUAAUGAAAACAGAACGACCAAAGCCAAACACAUUUAUUAUCAGAUGUCUCCAGUGGACCACUGUCAUAGAGAGAACAUUUCAUGUAGAUACUCCAGAAGAAAGGGAAGAAUGGACAGAAGCUAUCCAGGCUGUAGCAGACAGACUGCAAAGGCAAGAAGAGGAGAGAAUGAAUUGUAGUCCAACUUCACAAAUUGAUAAUAUAGGGGAGGAAGAGAUGGAUGCUUCUACAACUCAUCAUAAAAGAAAGACAAUGAAUGAUUUUGACUAUUUGAAACUACUAGGUAAAGGCACUUUUGGGAAAGUCAUUUUGGUUCGAGAGAAGGCAAGUGGGAAAUAUUAUGCUAUGAAGAUUCUGAAGAAAGAAGUCAUUAUUGCAAAGGAUGAAGUGGCACACACUUUAACGGAAAGCAGAGUAUUAAAGAACACUAGACAUCCCUUUUUAACAUCCUUGAAAUAUUCCUUCCAGACAAAAGACCGUUUGUGUUUUGUGAUGGAAUAUGUUAAUGGUGGAGAGCUGUUUUUCCAUUUGUCGAGAGAGCGGGUGUUCUCUGAGGACCGCACACGUUUCUAUGGUGCAGAAAUUGUCUCUGCCUUGGACUAUCUACAUUCCGGCAAGAUUGUGUACCGUGAUCUCAAGUUGGAGAAUUUGAUGCUGGAUAAAGAUGGCCACAUAAAAAUUACAGAUUUUGGACUUUGCAAAGAAGGGAUCACAGAUGCAGCCACCAUGAAGACAUUUUGUGGCACACCAGAAUAUCUGGCACCAGAGGUGUUAGAAGACAAUGACUAUGGCCGAGCAGUAGACUGGUGGGGUCUCGGGGUUGUCAUGUAUGAAAUGAUGUGUGGGAGGUUGCCGUUCUACAACCAGGACCAUGAGAAACUUUUUGAACUGAUACUAAUGGAAGACAUUAAAUUUCCUCGAACACUCUCUUCAGAUGCAAAAUCAUUGCUUUCAGGGCUCUUGAUAAAGGAUCCAAAUAAACGCCUUGGUGGAGGACCAGACGAUGCAAAAGAAAUUAUGAGACAUAGUUUCUUUUCUGGAAUAAACUGGCAAGAUGUAUAUGAUAAAAAGCUUGUACCUCCUUUUAAGCCUCAAGUAACAUCUGAGACAGAUACCAGAUACUUUGAUGAAGAAUUUACAGCUCAGACUAUUACAAUAACGCCACCUGAGAAAUAUGAUGAGGAUGGUAUGGACUGCAUGGACAAUGAGAGGCGGCCGCAUUUCCCUCAGUUUUCCUACUCUGCAAGUGGACGGGAAUAAGUUCCUUUCAUUCCGCUACUUCACUGUCAUCUUAGAUUUAUUACCGAAAAUGAUUCUCGGACAUCACCACCAGUCCUAGCUCUUAAAGACAGCAGGGGGCACCUUCCGACAUCCCAGACUGGUCAAGGGUCUUCACCCCUCGCCACCUUUCACCCACAGAGAACACAUAGACGCAAACACACUCCAGUUUUUGUUUUUGCAUGAAAUUGUAUCUCAGUCUAAGGUCUCAUGCUGUUGCUGCUAUUGUCUUAAUAUUAUAGCAACUUUAAGAAGUAAUUUUACAAUCUUUGGAAGUCAUGAGCCCACCAUGUUCAUUUGUGCACCAGUCGUCAUCUUUUAUCUUUUAGUUUUUGUUUUUCCCCUAACAGUGAAGGCUAAAUGAGAUACGCUGAUUUAGGUACAUUUUUUUAACUUUCUAGAAGAUAAAUCAAAAACUAAUUAGACUAAGAAGAAUUAGUUUGUAAUUCCGAGCAAGCACCUGUGGAAGGGUGGUGAUGUGCAGGUGGAGAGCUUGUGGAGCGCACAUCAGAUGAAUGCACACCGUAGGUGCUGCAUCACUGAGACCGGGCUGGGACUCGCAGGAAGCACUGAGGGAAGGAUGAACAACUGCUGAGACACAGAUGCUAUUUUUUUUUUUUUAAAUUCUUGUCGGACACUGCAGAGGAAGCCCAGUAUCACACGUGGACAUCCAGACUUCACGGGCAAUCAUGGGCAGAUGAACAUUGCUGCACCGAGAGAUGAAGGUAUUUACGCAGAGUCAUGUAAAGGGUCUUAGGAUACAGUUUGCGCCAGAGAGCAUUUUUUCCCCUGUGCUUGGAAACCUUUUUCCCUUCUUGAUAAUUAUCACCUCUGAUGGCUGAAGAAUGUAGACAGAUACAGUGAUCCUGCUUCUCACCAAAAUUUGUUCACCAAGGUAAACAGUGUUUGCCUUACUAGUUUUCAUUUUUUACUUUCAGUUCUACGUGAAUUAGUCUUUUCUCAAACGUUAAAACUUUGAAUGUCCUUUUAUGAUUUUGUUUAUAUUGCAGUAGUAUUUAUUUUUUAGUGAUGAGAAUUGUAUGUCAUGUUAGCAAAUGCAGCUCCAACUUAUAUAAAAUAGACUUACUGCAGUUUCUUUUGACCCAUGUGCAAGGAAUGUACAUGCCAAUGAGAAUCAAAUGCACUUUUUCUCCAGUGUUUAAAGAAAAUGAUAUGGCUCUGAAGUUACAUAUUGGUUAGAAUUGGUCUUUGGGAGAAGAGAUGCUAUCAUUUGACCCCUGGGUGCUGAAAAUUAGAAAAUCCAUGCCAAGGGGUUAAUGAAACAAGUAGAUCUUGAUGAUUACUCACUGAAGAACUGAAGUGUUAUGAUGGCCUGGCAACAUAAUGCAAUGGAGAAAAUUAAGACCUGAAUGAUAAGAAAUGAACUUUCCUUGGCAAAAUGAACACAUCUUGAAUAUUCACUAAGUAGGCAGUAAAGGAUUAGAACCUGUUGUGUUUAUUCUGAUCAUGGUACAUUUAUCACUCAAUUAAGCCAUCAGGGAAAACAAAACAAAACAACACCUCCAGCUUUUCUUUUUCUGUAUAUAUUCAUGUCCCCAGAUUCCAACAUUUCUCACUGAAAGGGGACAUGUAUGCAAACCUCAUCUUUCUCCUUCAUUAAUGAUGAUCUUCAGAUUCAACCCUUUGGUGCUAGGAGCUGACAUUUUCCAAAGCAGCCUGUGAAGUCCAAGGGGCUGGGGGCAUUCCUGUGGCAAGCAGGAGGCCACCCCACUCCAUGGAGUGAUCAUGGAGAUGUACUUCAGUUAAUCUGACAGCUCCCAAACGGAAGACUACAGCGUGACACAGUGUUAUGAUUGCGUUGCAUGCAAGAGCAAGUGACUCUCUCAGUAGGAUGAAUCAGAUUCACAAUGCAGAUGUCUUAGCCUCUUGACGCUAGAAGUGUGGCUUUACAGCUCUGAAACCACUGCUGGCGGUGGGUGGGCCUCUGGCACUGAUGGGGGAUUAAAGGGCAUUUUACUAAGGCAGCUAAGACAUAUUCAGACAUAGGUUUUAUAAUUUUUCAUAUUUCUACCUAAGUAGAGUUCAUCCUUGGUAUUGAGUAGGAAGCUACAGUAAAUGGUAGUUCACUCUUACACAUUUAGCUUGACCUUUUUUCCCCCCAGUAUGGAAUUAUGUUGAAUGUUUCACAUUGACAAGAAAGUAGGCUUGAAGGUUUGUCCUUUAAGUUGUCUUGCACCCAUCAUAUAAGAAGGAAACAGGUGAGAAGAAGAGAAGGAAAGUGAGACUGGCUGAUGUUCGGAGCAUUUAUUCCUUCAGAGGGAAACCGCGACACUAAAGCUCAUAGCUUCCUGUGGUUUUGUUUUUUUCCCCCUAAAUCUCAAGUUGAUUUCCAUGACCUUGGCCAAGGAUACUUCCUGAAGAUGAAUGACAGUGCUCCAGGCUGGCUGCUACCCACAGCUGGCUUUCAGUCACACCUGGGGUUCACUCACUCAACCCUCAGAUUCUGUUAGUGUCUUUCUUCUUGGGACUCCCCGAUUUUCACUCCAGAUCUCAGCUGGCAUGGAGGAAUAACAGAGGAACAGAAAUGUAUGUAGAGGGAGAUUACUAAAACUUCCCUUGUGUUGCCCGUAGCUGUAGUUUGGGAUCCUGGCAGGUAGAAGAUCUGAAACCUGAAAUCAUCCUGUCAGAACAGAGUUCAGACUGUGCAGGCUCCGGCUCGCACUAACCAUCAUGCAGUUUGAACCUCUUGUCAGAUACAUAGCCAUCUUGGAGGAAAUUGGCCAUUUCUGCUGGGAUUGUUGGCAGAGUUGCUAAUGGCUUUGCUUUCUAUACACUAAUUACAUAGCAUUAUUCCAGUAUUGUUUUCCAUUUCCCAUACUGAUUUCCGGCUUCUUAAAGCUGACUGUUCAUGCAGGGGCCACUUGCUUCUCCUAGAGUACAAUAGUAAGGGCCUUCCUUACUAACUGCAGGGUCUAUAUAUUACACCUCAAUGUACACACUUUGCUGCUACUGUUUGUACUGUCUACAGUAGAAUUUCCUUAUCUUGCUCCUGGUAGUGCAUUACAGGCAAGCAUGAAAUGUAAAGUAUUUAUUUAAAUAAAAAAGAAAACUUCUAAAUUGGUAAUUGAAUUACCUCCCUGUAGCUUUAUAGUUUGUGACAUUUCUUGACCUUGCUAGUUCUUUCCUUAGAUCCGCGCAAGAUCUAGUUAUCUGGUUAAGGAUUUUAAGCAGAAGCAACUAUGAACCCAAGAAACUGUAUUACUAUUACUGUUGGUCAUACUAAAACUGUUUAUUUCCUUAAGUAUAUGACCCACAAGGAUGUGAAAUAACUACAAGAAACUGUUUUUGUACACUGUACAUCCUUAGUAUUUUUACACGUAUAUGAUAGGGAUGCACAUUAUUUUCCUUCGUACAGACAGCUUAAAUAAAGCACUAUGUCAAUCUGCUACUUCUCUGUUUAUUGUUGUUGGAUGUGGUUCUGUAAUCACAGAAAACUGAAUCUUCCUUUCUGGAAAAGAAAUUUUUAAUAGCUCCCACCUGGUAAUAAUGUACCCCGUAUACGAUGUGACAGGAAAACACGUGAAUUCCUUGUAGCUCAAAACACACGAGACUAUUUUACUUCAGUAAAAUGGCAGUAGUGCAACUGUAUAAACUUUGAGGAAGGGCUGCUUCCAGAGGGGGGGCUACCAGCCCCCUUAACACUGGGUAUGAGACAGCUCUGUGAGCAAGGGAUGCAGUAGGGCUCACUCCAGACCUUAAUCUUCAUAACAAAUGGUUUGAACCCAGGCUUCUUAAGGAAUGUAGCUCAUCAUUAAUGUCUUCCUGAGAAUGUACUGCUCUGCACACUUCCUCUCUACAAGUGUAUUUCUAACACUUCAUAGCCCAUUCACAAACUCAGACAUGGGUUACGGAGGGGUAGGAUGGCUGGCCUACAGUGUGAUUUCUGUUGACUCCUUUUGGAUGGGGCUUGUCUUGGAUUUUACCUCAGAAAAGCUAUCAUAGAAACUUGCCUUCCUUUGCCCCUGUGGCUAAAUCAGUGUGAGGAAUGGCUUUGGGGACCAGAGUCAGUCAGGCACGCCUGUCUCUGUCACACAGCCAAAUUUGAGGGCAUUCUUACUUGUGUUCUUCUCUCAGAACCACUGGGGGUGACAGAUCCAGGAGGCUAAAAUAAAGUAACCUCUAUAAUUCCUUAAAGGUGCUAUUUUUAGAAUAUUGUAUAAUGUAUUCACAGUAUACCUAAAAGAGAACCAAGGACAAUUAAAAUAUCUUCUGUGACAGCCUUCAUGUCUAGCACAUUGGAUGAAAUGAGAAACUUCUGAAUCGGAAUAGAAGUUCUACUAUUUCAGGCUUGAACCUUUUACAUACUCGAGAGACUCAAGUGUUCUCUGUGUGUGUCUCAUGCCACUGAUCCUCAUCGAUUCCGAGAGGCAAGGCUGAACAUAUGGUCACAUCGGAUCUGUGUUGAGAUGAUGAUGAUGACUGGUGGUGGCGGCGGCUUGCUGGCUAGGGAGAACCGCCUGAGGUCGGGGACUUGUUCCAACCACAGCCUUGCCUUUAGGGUUUCAUUGUCAUCCUCAAACACAAUGCAAAAAUUUCAGCAUCCAUCAUGUUUAUUACUUUAAGCAUGUGAGGGCUUAACUGUGUAUAGUAGAAAUACUAUUUUAGAUUAAAAUAAUGAUCUGUGUACAGAUAUUUGAUAAACUCUACGUAAAUUUUCUAAUUUCACUAAGUAUGUUUUUAGGCUUCUCUCAAAUACUGCAUUAUCAAGGAAAAAAAAACCUGACGCCAUCAAGCCAAAGAUGCUUUACUGUCAGUCUGUGUGAACAGAAUGGAAAGAAUAGUACAUAGUGCUUCCUGGUGUCUCCUGAUUGCGCACAGACGAGGAUGAGGAAUAAUAAUGGAGUCUGGCAGGAUGCUAAUUAAAGGCAAAUAAAGGUGAAGAAUGAUACACAGAUCACAAAAAAGGAAGAAAAGUGAAUGGCAAGGAAAAAGUUUGGUCCUAUACACUCUGGCCUCGGGAAAAUGUGCCUUUGGGGUGCGUUUUGUUCAUCACUACAAGGCAAAAAGGAAACAUCAUGAUUCAAGUCUUUAAAAAGUUCAUUUACUGAAAUCCAUGUGUAUCACAUUUCAUACACAUGCGCAGGUUCAGGACGCAUCACGUCAAGCCUUUUCUGGAAACACACCAGGCGCUCUCCUCCGCUAGUGUCACUUCAGCUCUCUCCCUCUCUUAGGACAGGGCCAACAAACCUGGCAGUGAGGACCAGCCCGCUCGAGUCCGAGGCGGCGUCACCCCGGGAAGGUCGUGGUGCGUUGUGGCAUACUAAGAACCAAUCGGAUGACUGUAAAUACCUCUUUGUAAAUCAUUUAUUUCACUCUGUUUCAUCCAGGUCAGCAAUCAGAUUGUGGCAUGCUGGGUAACUGGAAAAAAUAAUAAAAAGUAAGUUUAAAUAGA